AUGAGUUCUUCGAAUGUCAUCCCAAGCCAUCAGAUCAGUUCGACUGGUGGUUCAGAGUCCAUGUUCGAAUUUCUUCAAACGCUUGCGAAUCGUGGCCAGGAGCCUCCAGUUCUGAGAGAUGAGUGGAAACUGAAUCCUGACCAGCAAGAAUAUCAAAUCGAAGGAAACGAUGGAGAGUUGGAUGACGUCCCAGCUGGAAAAGUCGCCUUGCGUAAUGCCCAACAAGAGGACCCAAUCGAAGCAAUGGAAUUCAAUCAAGACGCACUGGACAUUCCAUUGGAUGAGCCUAUUUCUCAAAAGGCGGAAGUUUCAGCUCAACAAAGCGGCUCGGAAGGAAAUAUUAACCAAGCGGACGUUCCACUUCAAUCGAGAAGAAGAACAAAUAGUUAUCCCGAAGAUACCAUGUCCGAAUUUCUUCAAAACCUUGCGAAUCGUGGCCAGGAGCCUCCAGUUCUGCCUGAUGAGUGGAAACUGAAUCCUGACCAGCAAGAAUAUCAAAUCGAAGGAAACGAUGGAGAGUUGGAUGACGUCCCAGCUGGAGAAGUCGCCUUGCGUAAUGCCCAACAAGAGGGCCCAAUCGAAGCAAUGGAAUUCAAUCAGGAGGCACUGGACGUUCCAUUGGAUGAGCCCAUUUCUCAAGAGGUGGACGUCCCAGCCCAAGAAGCCAGUUCGCAAGUCAAGAAUAGCCAGCGGAAAAUUUCACGUCAGAUAAGAAAAGAAAGAAACAAUGAUCCCUCCGAAAUUGCUGCCUUCGAACUUAAUAGAGAGUUGAAUUGCUUACGACCUCUUAAAGUGAAAAAAGUCCCGGGACAGCAACAAAAUGACCUUGCCCAAGUUUCAUCCCCGCAGGCUCAGGAUCCAAUAGUGGGAUCGCUAGAUCCAGUUCCAUCGGUGGAGGAAGAAGAGGUGCAAGAGCAAGAUCCACUCCCGGCUGCCGAAGUGAGAGAUCAAAACCCACAGAAUGACACCUAUUUAACUGGUUCUGGCCCGUUGGGCUACAUCAGUGUUGCUCCGACAGCAAGAUUGGAUCCCCGAGGACAUACGAAAAAGCGUUCACAAAGAAGCAGCAGUGGGAGAAUGGGGCAGCCGGACGCGAAGAGAGGAAAAGUGUUGGAAACUCGACACGCCUUACUUUGGUAUCACGCCAAAUGCCUUAAGGACGCGGUCGAGAGGAAAGAACGUGUCACAGUAAAACAGAAAAAUAUCAUUUCUGCUUUGUACGAAGAAUAUGAGGAGUCUGGCUGCUCUAACUUGAUCGGCAAAGCUGACCAAGAUUACCAGGAGAUGAAAAAGAUUUUGAUGCGUUUAACUCAAGCACGUACAAAGCGGCGCCAGGAAGAUGUGGAGGUGCCAAACGUGGAAGAAGAGGGACGCGAAAAGCAACCGAACGACGGCGAGCAGCCAGGAGAGGAAUCGUUCCGCGAGUUGGAAGAAGAGGAGGAUAAGGAGGAAUCGGGAGAGAAAGAAGACACCGAAGAAUUGCCAUCAAGAAAACCCAGUCAAAAACGGAGAAACAAGAAAAGAAACAACUAUUAUGCCAGAUUCCCUCCAAUAACGCUUUUCACGACGCCUCUCAUUGACCAAGAUCUCGUGAAUGCCUCUGGAGAACAAGUAGUGGAACUCGCUUCUGAGUGGAAGAAAACCCGCAAGAACAAAGUCUACGAAAGUGAUGUCAAAGUUGUGCAGGACAUCUACAAUGAAUUCAACACACAGUUCGCCGAGAGCAAGGGAUUCGACGUGAAAUAUGGAGAGGAAGAAGGAUAUGCAGCAGACAUGACGUUUUUCGAAAUUAAAUCGGAACAAGAACUGAUGGCACUCAAAAAUGAAAUCCUUGAGUCAUCAACAUGUUUGAUUCGCGGAAUUCCUGAGGCACUGAAAAUGGAUCUCGACAAAUUCUCAUGUGAGGCUCUGGAAAAGAUUGCUGGAGAUCAAAAAGUGGAAGUUCUCCUCCAAACUCCACAAUCAUCCAAGGAGAAUGUUGAGAUGAAAUAUGGAAAGAGUCUUGGAUGGAAGACGUCGUCAUCGCAAAUUAUUCCAAAAAUUACGUACUCCGAAUUUUUGGAAUCAUACAAAGAGCAAAAGAAAAUUGAUGACAAGGCUGUUGAUGCAAUUAUCAAUAAUCCGGACAACAAAGACCAAUUGAUCCACAAUUACAUUGCCGAGAAACUCGAAUCCCAGUACAAGUAUGAUGGCAAAAAAGUGACCUUCCCAGUUGCACCCUUUGCCACAAACAUCGACUUGAAUAAUGCCGACAAGUGUGCGGAGCAAAUCGCGGAGAUCAACAAGCUUGUCGAGUUCUUGCGGCCAAAAGAGGGAAUGAUGAAACUUGUGAAGGAUAAGAUUUUGGGAGUCAACGAAGUGCAAUGCUACGUCAAAUCGCCUGGAUCGCGAACUCCAGCCCAUCAAGAGAAUCAAUUGGUCGCAUCGGUGAACCUGAACAUGGGACCAGGUGAAUGCGUCUGGAUAUGCGUGUCGAUGGCUUACGCUGCCAAACUGGAAAAACUGAUGAAUAAAAAAAGGAUCAGCCCCUACCACACAAAGUAUUGGCCGACGGAACAAGAUCUAGUCGACGCAGGGAUCCCAUACCAGAAGCUGGUUCAGAAAGCCGGUGAUCUCAUCUAUGUGGGUGUAGGCACAUACCAUUGGGUGCAAGCCAAUGGAUAUUGCGUCAAUGCCGCAUGGAACGUGGCGGAGAUGUCACCGGUUCAACUCGCCGCGGUGGCAUAUUCCCACGAUAACAAUGUGGAGCUCCAGUAUGGCACAUUGCUCCCGAUAUACGAAGUGUUGUUGGAAAUCGUCCAGCAGGAAAAACACCCGGAGCUUAAAAGUCUUGCAAAGCGACUGCUAAUCAGGCCAUUGGCACGAGCAGUCUUUGAAUGGGAGUAUUGCGAAGACGUUCUGAAAAAAUCUCCCUCACCAAUUUCCGAAAGCGAAUUUACGGUUAAAGAAGUCUAUCGCUGCUGGGGAAAGAAAUGUAGACGCUACCAGCUGCAGAACAUCUUCUGCGUUCAAACGGAGGAAAAAGUCGGAUUAGUAGAGAAAUGUCUCGAAUGUGUGUAUCGAAAGAAUCCCUUUGACGUUUACUACAGAAAAACGAUAAAAGAGCUUGAGGAGAUUGUGGACAACUGCCAAUAG